AUGAGCGGUAUUUCUGACCAUUUUUUCGAGGACUCUCCUGUUAGUCGAAGUGCAAUAGGAAAUGUGUUGUUCAUGUGUGUUUCUCUUUCGUAUGGACAUGCAUUCGUAAAAAAUAACACAAAAAGUCAAUCGAGAAAGAGAGAUUCGGGACCGAUGGAUGCGAGUGCGGCUCAAGAACUUACGAGUCUUUUGAAUAACUUUCACAAUACGAAGAUAGAAGAAUGUUUCAAUCUGUUUCAACCGGUUCUUGGAAAACUUUGCAAUAGUACGGAAACAUAUGAUCAAGCGGAAUGCGAUCACUUUAUCAACAAUGGAAUGUGGGAUCUAUGCCAAGCUCUUCCGGAUUAUGAGCCGUGUAAUAUAAUUGAAUAUGAAUACUCAACUGACGACUAUCUCCAUCAUCCCGCUUUUUGGGCGGGUUGUGGUUUCCUCAUCGGAUUGGUUUUGGCGUUAAUUGCAAUACUUCUCAUAGCUUUUAUCUGUUCGAAAUGCAAAAAGAGAAAGGAAAAAAAGAAUGCAAAGAAUGGAAUUCCAUCUGGUUCUGGAUCAGCGUCAGUUGAAAAUGGAAAGGGAACAAAGUCGAAGGUGACGUCAUCAGAUACGAAGAACUCAUCAGAUGAGAAUAACGGGAAGCCAGCAGUCCCCAAGUCUCAAUAUAUCGCUGAACAAUUCCCAACAGCCGACGGGAAGAAAUCAGUGUUCCUCGGUGCUCAGACUAUAAUGAAGAAUCCGAAGGAUAAAACAAUGGCGAAAGGAGUGAAUAAAACAGUUGCGAAGGGAGUUGUCGACAAUAAAAAGAAGAGAAAGAACAAGCAAGGAAAGACGGUUGGAGCAUUGACUGCCAUGGAGAUCACUAUGUAUAAGUAA